CAUAUAAGUGCAACAAUCAAGAGCACAAUUAAUGUCUUUUUGCUGUGAUCCAACAUGGAAAAUAGGCGUCCUGAGAAUGAAAUAUAUGGAUUAAAUCGAAAAAUGGCUCAAUAUACUGCGAAAAUAAAGACAUGCAUUACUUUGCGGACAGCGGCCUCUGGAAUUUGGAGCAGAAGUAAAUAAGAUCUGGCAGUACAAGAAAAUUAAAUUGAAGAUGGAAAAUUAUAAAAAUAACAAUCAAUCAACAACGGCUUUGCAACAGAAAAGUACACAUCAACAUACGUCUUCGGUUUCCAUUACUCCUAUCAGUAGUAAUAGUAACUGCGCUACGCCUAUUUCCACAGAACAGCCACGUAGUUCACAUUUUGAAUAUGCACCGCCGAUGUCCGAUGUAGAUUAUGAUGAUAUAAGCAGCGACAAGAGUACUCCCUAUUACACACCUUUAGAUUAUAUUCAGGGUACGUUUGAGUUUCCGUCACCCACGAAAUUAGAACACAUGGACGACAUAAUUGAGUUGCGCUGCUCUUCGCCGCAAGCUUCUGAACAAACAGAAAUGGUCCUGCAACGAAAAACUCCUACACCAACUGCUACAGUUACGUCGCGCUCCUUAGGUGGCGCGCGACAACAAUUGUCUAUGAGUACAUCGCCAGUUGUGUCAAGAAAAUUAAGGCGAUUUUCCCUAUACGAACGACGCUCUUGUUCGCCACAACAAGUAUUGUUAAAAAAUGCUGUGUCUGCCUCUGUGGAUAGUAGUACUGAAUGUGUUGCGGCAAUGGCUGAUAAGGAAAAUGCCAAGCCAUUAUUUAGACCUGGCAUGACGGAGAGAAGGGAGUCGCAACUGCGAUCUAAUAGCGGUAAUAGUUCACCUAUAGCGUUAUUAGAAACUGAAACAGUUUCACCAAAGAUACUCGAUAUAAAUGUGGCAGCGGGUAGCAGUAGUGGUACUCGGCUUCCUUGUUCACCAAAAUUAUUAGCAUCACUAAAUAAUCUCAACUUGACUGGUUCGCCACUUGGCGUUAUUAGCUCAGCAGGCUAUAAAAAUGGCAAUUACUUUAAAUUUCCGGAAAUCGAUCAAGUGGUGCAUGAACAAACAUCGGCUGAUCCACGAACCGAAGAUACUGCCGCAGGUAUGUGUGACAAACAGCAAAUUAGACAUAGCAGACAACGUAGUAAUGGCACCAGCAAAGAACGCCAGAAGUCAGUUUCUAAUAGUGGUAAUUUAAACACAAAUUUCAAUAGCAAUAAUCCGGACAAAUUGCUCGCCGACGAAAACGCAGCUUCAACGUCUACAAAACCAUGUGCAAUAAACGUCACUGCAGCCGAUAGUAAGAAAAAUCGAAAGAACAAAAAUAAUUUGACCAUAAAAAUAACGGAUAUACCCUGUACAAUAACGGACCCAAGUGGCACUGUACCGACGUCGCCCUCGCCUUCAUCUAAACCGAAAACACCCACCAUCAAAAGUACCAAAGAAAAAGCGUUGUCACUGGACUCAGCUGCCCGGGAUUCUGAACUUACAAUCAUCGUCUCGUCUGGGGGACGAAACAGUUCACACGUUAGUUGUGACGAGAUUGACGCUCAAACAAUUCGUCGUGGUUGUCUUCCAGUGCAGCAAUUUAUGCCGCGCAGCGUAAGCGGUGCACGAUUCGAGCGUAUGACUAGUGAUCGCAAUUUGCGACUUCCAUCAGCGGCUGCCAGCAAUCGUUCUACAUCACUUUCACAAUUGGCUCUACUCGGUGACGGCAUAAUACCUACACACGCGCAUCUACAAACACAAUCCCUAUGUCCAAGUAGCACCACAUCUUCAUUGAAAACACCACUGAGUGGUAGCAGUUUUCCGCGCACGCCGCGUAGACGUCUACCAGGCAGUACAAGCAGCAAUACUUCUACCGAAUGGCUGGCGGCGUAUCAUCGGAGCCGCAACUCUGCCGAUGCGUAUUGUACUGGUACCGGCGAACCUGAACUAUUCGAACACCCACAAGUCGAUAUCGAUACUGUGGUUAUUUUACAAGAGGAGGUCGAUAAAGAAGCGCGAACGGGUAACAACAAUGCGUUGCUAUGCGCACCAUAUGCAGCUGGCACCGCGUCAUUAAUGCUCACACCGCAUCGUGGAAUUCAUAAGCAUAACGCCAUGUUGCAUGCUUCAAAUACGAAUUUAAAAACGCUCCCUGAAUUCCUAACACUGGUUGAGUUUUCAACACCGGCAAACACAGCGGGUGCACAUCAACCGCACAAACAGAAGUCGAUGGAGCUGCCCAGCGCGGCGAUGCGCCCUAAGCCAAUAGCAUCAGCCUCUUCCACGAACUUGCUGCAGCGUCGUGGCUCAAAUCACAGUCUUACUUUGAAUCUGCAUGGGUCUUGUGGAAAUUUACUUGGUAACUGUCGCAGCGGCCUAAGUGUCUCCAACUAUAGUCUGGGCCCAGCAGCUAGUAACUCGACGACAAAUCUCAAUUCAAAAUCCAGCUGCAAUUUAGAUUUGGGCGUCACCCCCAUUAUAAAUCAACCGCAGCCCAACGCUACUCCGACUCAAGGUGCCAAACAGAGCCUCUUUCGUCGUCGCGGCUCCAAUCAGAGUCUGACACUCACAACUCUCACCGCGACGUCUUGUGGAAAUCUGAACACCUACGCCAGCCAACAUUCACUAAACAAGGUGACUCGCACCACUUCGUUUAUAACGCAAACUCAAAACACGACAAGCAAUGCUACGACGAAGCGUGGGCUGUUGGAACGACGCGGCUCCAAUCAGAGUUUAACCCUGAAUAUGGGCAGCUCUUUUGGCGGCAUUGGCACCGAAAGACAGGUGCAUGCCAGCAGCAGUCUAUACUUAGGUGACGCAUGUGCAGCGGAGUCCGACAUGGGUGCGCUACAUUCGAAGCCAACUUGUGCACCGCCCACUCCGCAUCGCCGGUUCUUCAGUAGCGAGAGUUUAAAUCGUGGCGCCACACCAUUUGCGGAUUUGAAUCAAGCUCAUCGACGGAAUGCCAAACAAGUUUGCUUUGGUUCAGUAUCAGAUCUAAAGCCGAGUGCUAGCAUGUCGUUGGAUUGCGGUGGCAGUGGUACUGUCGGUACUAAUACUGGUAGUCAGCAGCCACUGGGUGAAACACGUCGAGAUAGCUUCAAUUUUCAAGAAAGCACGCUUUGUUCCUGUACCGGUGUACGGAACAUUAUGACACGCCCUCUGUCGCCACAAAGCACUAGUGAAGAGUUCAAAAUCUAUUUAGCGAAUAUACAAAUGCUGCAGAAUGCUUCCAAUGCACUUAACCAACUCGACUUAAUCAAAUUAAAUUACAUUUUCGACAACAGUUAUGCGUCUAACAACAAAGGUUUAGCUGAGCAGGCAGUGCCCUUGCUAAGCGUGCGCGUCAAUAAAGAGGCUGAGACACCACCGGGCACGCGUAUCUCCACAUCUGAAGAUUGCGAAGUAACGGAACGAUAUUUAACAGCUGUACAGUCCGUACUGGCAACAAUGCAACCAGAUGAUGAUGAGCAGAAACGUAUUUUUUGCGAUCUACACAAAGAAUUUUGGGAUCUUCCUUUGAAUCAUCAAGAAAAACCGAUGGUAUUUGGCUCACAGGCUAAAAACCGUUACAAAACAAUUUUGCCAAACGAAAAUUCACGUGUGCUGCUGGAGAAGGAGGCUAAACAACUGACAGAGUUAGCCGAGGACAUACGGGACGACCACGCAACGCUAGCCGAUCACAUAUUACGUCAGCUCAACGUAAUGGACGAAGUGCCCUACAUCAAUGCAAAUUAUAUUAAGGGACCGGAUUACACAUCCAAAUGCUAUGUGGCCACACAAGGGCCCUUGCCGAACACGAUUUUCGAAUUUUGGUUAAUGGUAUACCAGAAUACGCGGCGAUAUUUCCAAACCACCGAUAAUAAAGCGGGAACUAUACAAUACUAUCAAAAAGUCAUAAUGCUCACGAAUUUCGCAGAAAAUAAUCGACAAAAAUGUGCCGUAUACUUUCCCAUCGAAUUGAAUGAAAUAUUUAUAACGACCAGUUGGCAAGAGGUUAUUACACCCAAUGCCGAAGCAAUGGACUUCUUUAAUGCCUAUUUGCUGCCAAACGAAACAACUCCACCGCCGUUACAUUUGACCGAUGACGGUACUGAGCCCGAACCACACAUUGGUAUCGAAUAUUAUCAGGCAGAAGUAAGCGCGGAAUUGCAACAUUUCCUGCCACCAACACGUGGUAAUUACUUUGUCAUCAAAAAUAUUGGCAUUGUACGUAAGAACGGUUUCUCAAUACGUAAACUGGUUAUGCUGUACUGCAUUAAUAUAGGCGCGAGUACUGAUGGUAGCGGCAAUUCCAUAUUGCUAAUAAAUCGCUUAUAUUGCUAUCACUACUGGUACCCCGAUUGGCCUGAUCAUCGUUCGCCUCGCGACAUUAACACAUUGCUGGACAUCUGCUUGCAUAUACUCAAUCUCGGUAAAUGCGAAGCGGAGUUCGAUUCAUUCGAGUUUGACGAUAAUGAUGUUAUUUCUGUUUUGAAGCCACAACCUGCUGGUCAUAUUCUCGCACAAACUGUAGACUUGUAUCAACAGGAUAUAUUCAAUGCUAUGCAACCACUGCCGAUCAUACAUUGCUCCGCGGGCAUCGGACGCACUGGUUGUCUCACAGCCUUAUUGAAUGCUGUACGCCAGCUAAGACAAUCGUUUGCCUAUUCGCUAACAACAAUGGCCGCAGAGGUAUGCAAAGAGCAGGAAAGCAGCGCUGGCGCUGCUAACGAGUUACCCAAUACACAAACAUUACUCAGUCCUGUUGAUUUUGCACUGCCUGUACGGUAUGUGGAAGAGGCGCAGCGCGCAAUCACAAUGGUCAACAGUGUGAGCGAUUCCGAGAGCAGUUUCACGCGUAAUACCUUCUACUAUUUAAACUAUAUACUGCAGCGUAAAAGAAAGCAACAACGACAACAACAACAGCAGCAGAAACAGAAGCUAGAAGGUGUCGAUAACGACCCAGUUGAUAGCAGAGAUAAUCAAAUAAUUGAAAAUGUGAAAAAUGAUGGCGACGAAGCGCAACAAACGCUAACAUGGCCGUUACCGGCCAUAAACGAGUUGCCGAAAAUUCCCGAUAUAUUUGUCGAUGUUUUGGGCAUUGUUUGUAAUUUGCGUCUACAACGCGGCGGUAUGGUACAAAAUUCAGAGCAGUACGAAUUAAUACAUCGAGCCAUCUGUCUAUACUUGAAGCGUACAUUUGCGUUGAAGCAUUUUUAAGCUCGUAAAUGAAAAUUUGCAAAUUAAAAAACAAAAAAUUAAAAUAAACAGUAAAAUUAACAAACAAUUUGUAGAAUUUAAGAAGCAAGCAACACGCCAGAGCUACACUUACUUAUAUAUAUUUGUGUGUGUAGGUAGUAAGAGAAGCUCAAGAGCGUGGUAUCGAAUAGCAUCAUGCUGCUGUUGAUGCGAAUACAGCGUAGCAUAAGCACUUGUAGACAUGCUUACAUCAAAUAGAAUUACAAUUAUUCAUUUGUUUCAUAUAUUGUAGCACAUUUUUUGUAGAUUCCAUGUUGUUUAGUAUUUAUAUAUAGAAAUGUUUAAGUUUCACUCGAUUAUUAACGUGUUUAAGUUUUCAACUCUUUGAUUUCAUCAAAUGAGUUAUUUAGAGGCAAUUAAUAAUAUGUUGUUAGUUUACUGAGUUGCGAGUUUUUUUUAAGUUGUUCAUGGACUUUAUUUUUUACUGAACAAAGGUUACACAGUUGUACAGGAAAGUAGACACAAAUAUUAUGGACAUUCAACUGUAUGUAUAAAUACUCUGGAAAAGCGUUUCUCCUACAAGAAAAGCAAAUUAACAAAGCGUUUAUACAUUAAAAGAAAAACAGUUUGAAUUGUUCUUAAAUAAAGUAUGAAAUAAAUACUCUCGUUUGAUUUAGUGCUUGGUAAAUCAGUAAUAUAUUUUAAUAAACGAAACUUUCUUUAAUUUUAUUAAUUAAUUUCUUUAAAUGAAUAUCUGUCAAACUAAAAAUGCAUCAUGCUUAAAUAGCUGUGAGUAAACACCAAAAAUGAAAAAGGAAAACUAAUAAUUAUAAUUAAUAAUUUAAAAGCAAAUGAAAAAAAAAAUUAAAUGUUUUGAUAAAAUCGUUUAUGUAUUAAAACAUUUAAAGUAAUUUAAACACACUUCUAAAUAUGAUAACUUCAAUAUACGCAUUCAGAAAUAGUUUCAUUAAGAACGUUUGUUUACUUUUACACAAAUGUACGUGAGAAUUAUGUGUAUUUAUAAAAAAAAAAUUAAAAAAAAAACAAAAACCCAAAAAAAAAAAAAGGAUUCGCGACUCAUAUAGAUUUUUAGCAGUGUAGUAGUGUGGCUACAAAUAGCAACAACAACAACAACAACAAAUAUAAAUUACAAGAGAAUACAAUUUCAAACUAUAUAAUAUAUUACUAAAUGUAACUGUUGUUAGUAUAAAUGUAUGUAUGUAUGAAUUGUACGUAGAUAAAUCAAACUCGAAAUUAGCGUAUAGAUUUUUUUUUUUGCAAUUUUAAUUUGCAUAUGUAUAUUUACUAUAUAAUACAUAUGUAUGUAAAUUUUUGGGUAUGUGUACGAUGUAAAAUAUAGGUGUUUUGUACGCGUUUCGUUUAUACGCUUAAAACAUAAAAAAAAAAGAAAAAAAAUAAACAAUUAAUUUCGAUUCGCUUUCAUUCGACAUAUGGCGAUUUCACAAAUUCAUUUUUCUUAUUGAAAUAGCUCUAACUAAACCAAAAUAGAUAUAGUACUACAAUCAAAGCCAAAUAAAUCCUUUAAAGUGUAAAAGAAAAAAAAACUAAAAAAAAAAUUCAAUCACAAAACAAAUAUAACACAUUUUUUUUAAUUAUUUAAAUAAAUAUACAUUUAUGUGUACAUAUGUAUAUGUAUAUGGGCAUAAAAUGAAGGUGAAAUGAAUGCAUAGCAAUAACUCUUAAUUUACUGAUAAAUUAGUAUUUUCGAUUACGAAAUUUCAUAUUUUAUAUUUAUUUAUUUAUUUUUUUCUUUUGACCAUUCAAACAAACGUCAUUUAAAUUUCACGAAUUGGCAGCAAAAUUUCGGUAAUAAAAAUUAAUUACGUUUAACUCUCUUAAUAUUAAUAUUAAGUUCUGCUAGUUUAUACUUUAUAAGAAGAAAUACUUUUUUUUUGUUGUAGUGUUUAAGCGAAUGGACUAGUCAAAUAAAUGAAUCAAUAAAUAAUUAGAAAAUAAA